CCUGCUACGGGAGGAGGUAAAGAGUUCGGUGGAGAAGGCGCCCUGGCUAAGCCCUCAGGACAUGGCCGCCGCCCACGAUAAGCUGCGGAGCCUUGAGGCUGAGAUCGGCGCCUACGAUAAGCACUGGAAUCUCACCUUUGUUAACAUAUCUCAUGUCGGGAUUAACUUGAGCGAGGACAACUCAUUCCGGGACAAUGUGUUGGAAAUUUACCGAGUUUUGAGGACAGAACUUUAUUACCUGUAUAAGGAACCCGUCGAUCGCUUCUCCUUUAUUUGGAGUUUUACGGUCCAGCCAUACAUCGUGAACGCUUUUCAUAUGCAUUCUACCAAUACUAUAGUCUUCCCCGAGGCGUUCUUCCACUCCCCUUACUACACGAAGAAGGGGCCAGAGUACCUCAACUACGGGUCGGCCGCCACAGCUAUGGCUCAUGAAAUAUUCCACGGGAUGGAUUUCACAGGAACCCUCUUCGAUUCCCACGGGGAGAUGACACGUCCGUUCAGCAACGCAUCCCGGGAGCAUCUGAUGUCCACAGUGCGCUGUUACCACGACCUCCUCAACAACGCGUUCUAUGAGGAGGUGGCCGUAGAGGACGCUUUCAUCGCGAUGGAGAUCGACAGCAGCACGACCUUCAACGAGAACCUGGCAGACAUCGGUGGUAUCCGCCAUUCUUUCCGGGCGUACCAAACGUGGGAGAAAACCCACUACCAGGAACCUCGCCUCCCCGCCCUCCCCCUCUCCCCCCAUCAGCUCUUCUUCGUUUCAGCGGCUCAGCCAUAUUGCGCCGUCAUCCCAAAUCUUGCCAAAAUCUUGCUAAUGGAGCUGGACGAACAUCUUCCAAACGGUAUGAGAAUAAACGCUAUGAUGAUGAACACUCCAGAAUUCGCGCAAGCUUUCCAGUGCAAUAAAGGUUCGAGAAUGGUUGCCAAUAAAACGUGCCAUAUUUUCUAAAUGGUGUCAGAUGAGGUGGAAAUUGUUGAGUUUCUGUCAUGUAUGAUGCUUUGGGACAAUAUUCCUUGCGAGUUAAAGUGCAGUUCAAACAUUGUCAUUUCGUCAUUAAGUACUUCCCAUGUCGAGGAUAAAUGUAAAGUUUUUAUUUUUUUAUUUUUUUUUAUUUUUUAAUCAGGUGAUUUUUUUCUGAUAUAAAGAAAAUAAGGCGAUGAUUAUUUUUUAAAUUGUUUAGUUGUUUUCUUAUGUCAAUAAGUUUUCCACCUACUAGUAUCAUAUAUUUCAGUCUCUAUUCUUGUCUGACACAAACAGGGUAGUCAUUUCGUACCAAAAUUGUGUAAUUAGAUUUCUGUGGAAUGUCUAUGUUCCUUUGUAUACAAAUAAACCUCACACGGUUAUAUAUAUAUA